GGCUUCGAGGAAAGCGGCGGAAGUCCCUGUGCUUAGAGAUGACAGCGGGAGACAAAAGGAGGGACGCCCGCCUCCGGGUUACACGUCAGCAUGGCCUUCCAAGCGUGUUUGACUGGUUCGGCUCUGAUGGGACUCCUGUGUCACUGGGCUGGCCCUCCUCAGAGAUGGGCCUCCUCCCCUAUAAAGCCUGUUGGGGUUCCCAGGCACCCAGGCUCAGCCCACCCCUGACAUUGGGGGCCAGGAGACAGCCAUGAGGCUCGACUGGAAGCUGCUGGGGAUCCUGCUGCUUUGCCUGUACCCGGGAGGCAUCUCAGGCAGUGGAGACCACCCCCCUCCCCCACCGGGAGAGGCUGGACAGGAGGAGGGCUCCCCAACAUUUCCUCAGGGUGCCCCCAUCCCCGGUGACCCCUGGCCAGGGGCACCCCCUCUCUUUGAGGACCCUCCACCUCCAGGCCCCAGUCGUCCCUUGAGAGACCCGCCAGAAUCUGGAGUCUGGCCGCCUAAGCCUCCUAGAACUGAUCCCCCUAAACCUCCCCGGCCUGACGACCCCUGGCCAGCAGGACCCCAGCCUCCAGAAAACCCCUGGCCUCCUGCCCCUGAGACGGACCACUGGCCUCAGGAGGAGCCAGACCAUGACCUGCCCCGGGAAGAGUACAGAUAGACCUCCCAGAGGCCGCCCGAGCCCAUCUCUACUGCUUCCCCUGAAUUAGCCAACCCUUCCUCCCUCACUCCCUCAAUCGCAUUCUCAGUCAUGAAGGUGCGCUCUCAGCAUUUCCUAUCCCCUCCUGAGAGCCAUAUUUAGCGCCCACAUCCCCCCUCUUUCUCUAACAGCAUAAGCAUAUAUCCCUACCUCAGUCCAGUCCUCUCGUCUACUUGCGCCCGCCCCCCCACUCCCAACGCCCCUUUCCUGGGUCCCCUCACCGCUCUGUGCUCUCUGCUGCCACCUGGUGGCCUACACUAGGAACUGUCAGGAGGCAAUGAUGGUGCUUCUGUGAAAUGGAAAUAAAAAGCAUGUUUUCUUAA